GACGAAUUCACAUGUAGUGUUCCGGAAGAUGCGUGUCCCUGUUAGGAUUCCUACUUUCUACUGCUUUGCCUAGAUUAAGAACUAGUAGUUGUCCACCUUAUGACCUAACUACCGUCUACCCAUGAAUAUAAUUUAACGAGGUUAUGCGCCGUGGUACAAGAUCCUGCCACUCUUUGUCCAUUGCCUUGCUGUAGCAAUUAGCAUCCCUUUUCUACUGCGCCAUGGAGCACUCCGGUGUUGCUGAGGCUGAAGCACAGGAGUGCUUCAAGGCCAAUACCAAGGCCAAGGGUGGUUUCAAAGCACUCCCUUUUAUCAUCUCAAAUGAAAUACUGGAGAAGGUUGCUGGAUUCGGGCUCAACGUGAACUUCAUCACGUACCUCAACGUACAGUACCACCUGAGCCACGCCAACGCCGGAAGCCUCCUGUUCGUGUGGAGCGCAGUGUCAAACUUCGCUCCCAUCCCCGGCGCCGUCAUCGCGGACAUGUACCUCGGCCGCUUCGUGGUCGUCGCGAUAGGCUCCGUGGCGUGCCUGGUUGGGAUGGUGUUCCUGUGGCUGAGCGCCAUGGUGCCUGGAGCAAGGCCGCCUCCGUGCGACAUGAGGCUCUUGCCGGAGCUGUGCGCGCCGCCGAGGGCGAGGCACAUGGCCUGGCUGCUGGCCGGCUUCGUGUUCCUGUCCGUCGGCGCCGGCGGCGUCCGGCCGUGCUCGAUGGCGUUCGGGGCCGACCAGUUCUCCAGGCACCCCAAGGAGCGGAGGUCGAGGAUCCUACAGGUCUACUUCAACGCCUACUACGGGUCCAUCGGCGUGGCGUUCAUGGUGGCCGUCACCGUGGUCGUCUACGUGCAGGACAACCUAGGGUGGAAGGUGGGGCUCGCCGUGCCGACGGGCCUCAUGCUGCUCUCCGCGGCGAGCUUCCUCCUCGGCUCCAGGCUCUACAUCAAGGACAAGGGCUCCAAACGGAUGUUCGACGGGAUAGGCGCCGCCGUCGCGGCGGCGGUCAGGAACCGCGGGGCGUGGCUGCCGGAGAAGACCGAGGAUGGCGUGUACCAUCACCUCAAGGAUUGCAAGCUCACCGUUCCCACGGACAGGCUGAGGUUCUUGAACAAGGCAUGCAUGAUCAGCAGCACAAAGGAGGACAAGCCCAGCAAUGGCGGCGCGGACGGGGACGGCUUCGGCGACCGGGGGCGGCUGUGCACGGUGGACCAGGUGGAGCAGCUCAAGUCGGCGGUCCGCGUCAUGCCGAUCUGGUCGUCCACCAUUUUCCUCGCGCAGGCCAUGAACCAGUACUUCGCGGUGCCGCAGGCCGACGCGAUGGACCGGCUCGUCGGCGGCGGCGGGUUCCGCGUGCCCAGCGGCACCUUCGCCGUGUUCAACAUGCUCACCAUGUCGCUCUGGUCGGGCUGCUACGACCGGUGGACCGCGCCGGCGCUGCGGCGGCUGACGGGCAACCCGCGCGGGCUGACCAUGAAGCAGCGGAUCGGGGGCGGCCUCCUGUUCGGCACCGCGGCGAUGGCCGCGGCCGCCGUGGUGGAGGGCGCGCGGCGGAGGCAGGCGCUGGGCGGCGGCGGGGCCAUGUCGGCGUUCUGGCUCGUGCCGCAGUACGCGCUGGCGGGGCUCGCCGAGGCGUUCGGCGUGAUCGGGGUGAUCGAGUUCUUCUACACCGAGCUGCCCAAGAGCAUGGCCAGCUUCAGCAUGGCGCUGCUCUACAUGGCCAUGGGGGCGGGGAGCCUGGCGGGCAGCUUGAUCAUCAGGGUGGUCCACGCCGCGAGCGGGCGCGGGGGGAGGACGAGCUGGCUGGCGGAGGACUUGAACGCCGGCCGCUACGACUACUACUACUGGCUGCUCGCCGGCAUCGGCGCCGUGAACUUCGUCUACUUCCUCUGGUGCGGCUGGGCGUACGGCGAGGAGGGGAGGAACGUGGAGUGGGAAGACGAAGGCGACGGGGAGACGCCUAUGGAGUAGCAGUUUUGUGCGUCAGUGCGUGUGGAUUUCUGGGUAGCUCGCUGUGGUGCAAGCUCUCAGGACUAGAAAAAAAACUGAAAAUGCGACCUUGGCUGGAACUUGUGACAGUUAUGCUAGUAUGUAGCCUUGUUUGUUUUGCCCCCAUGAAAAUAGCAGGUUUGAUUCUCU